CUCUUCCCCGUUCUCUCCCUCCCUCCCUCCCUCAUCCUCGUCCCUUCGUUCGGUGAUCGCCACCGGUUCCCGAUCAUCUCUCGCGUUCUCCGACAAGGGAUCGGUGGGGAAGACGGAGAGAUCUGGUUAUUGUCCAUCCGUCGCGUUUCUUUGGCGCUGGAUUGAAGAAAUCGAGGGUGAGAGGACGAACGAUCCGGUUUCAGGUCAUUCGUCGCGUCGUUUGCCGUCGAAUAUUGAAGAAAUCGGAUAGAGGAAAGCCGGCAGAUCGCUAUCCGGUCGUCUCUGGCUUUCAUCGGGGCUUGCGUCAACAAUCGACGUCCUGAAAGACGAAACAACUUACACACCGAUCAUUGCGUCGCUUCUGUGGCAACGGGUUGACGGAAAUUCGCGGUGGUAGGGCCGAGGUUACUGUUGCUCUUUUUAUCUCUUCCAUUUUGGCCAAAACACUCGAAUCCGGUGGAGAGAGAGAGAAUGGAGUGCCUUCCGGUGGAGGUCAUCGGUAACAUCCUAUCACGCGUUGGGGCAGCGAGGGAUGUAGUGGUGGCGUCCGCGACAUGUCGGAAGUGGCGAGAGGCCGGCCGGAACCACCUGCGCACUCUGUCCUUCAACUCCGCCGAUUGGCCGGUCUAUCGCGAGCUCUCGGCGAGCCGGCUGGAGAUCCUGAUCACGCAAACCAUCUUCCAGACGAAGGGUCUUCAAAGCCUGUCGAUAUCUAUGGCCGACGUGGCCGACGAGUUCUCCGCGGCUCCAGUCAUCGCCUGGCUCAUGUACACUCGGGACUCCCUGCGCUCCCUCCUCCACCUCGUCCGCACGGCUCCGCCAGUGAACGUCCUGGAGAGGUGCGGCCGCUCCCGGCUCGAGGCCCUCGUCCUCGGCUUCACUUCCAUCUCCGGCGUCGAGCCCAGCUACCAGCGGUUCCCCUGCCUCCGCUUUCUCGCCCUGCACAGUGUUAGCGUCUCCGCCCUUGACCUCAGCCUCCUUCUCUCUGCCUGCCCACUCAUCGAGUCCUUCUCCCUCGUGAGCCCUGACAUUGCCAUGUCCGACUCUCAGGCCACCAUGGAGCUCAGCAGCCCCACCCUCAAGCGGAUCUACGUCGAAGCAAUCAGCCUUGACAAGUUCGUCCUCGAUGCCGAUUCCCUUGAAUCUCUGCACCUCAAGAACUCGACGCUCGAGUACUUCGAGCUCGUGGGGAAGGGUGGGCUCCGGCAUCUCAGGUUCGACGAUGUCAGCGUGAUCCAUCUGGACAUCGGCGACACCGCGGAUUACCUGGAGGUAGUCGACGUGAACGAUUUCACGAUCGUCUGGCCGAAGUUCUACCAGACAAUAACGAGAUCGGCGAAGUUAAGGCGGCUUCGGCUAUGGGGAGUGGUGUUCGAUGUGGAGGAUGAGGUCCUGGACUUGGAAACGAUUGCUGUUUGUUUCCCCAGAUUGAGCCACCUCUCACUAAGCUACGAGACAAGGGACAGCUUGGUGCACUAUGGUCUUCAUGGUUCGACAAUGCUGGAGAAUGUAGUGGCCCUCGAGUUGGGUUCCACGGUGAUCAAUGACCUAUUCACAGAGUGGGUGGCGGGGCUUCUCGAACGAUGUCCGAAUCUUAAGAAGUUGGUCAUUCAUGGAACCAUAUCGGAGAUGAAGACCCGAGAAGAAUGCCAGACGUUAGCUGGUUUUACCUCUUCGAUUGUUCGGCUUAUGAGGAAGUACAUUAAUGUUGAUGUGCAAUUUGAGUAUCAAUGAAUUGGAACAGUAGCGGAAAUUGCUGAAGUUGUUCAAAUUCAGAUGUCUCUGAAGUUCAAAAUUUCUGAAGUUCAAAAUUCGGUCCUAUUGACUUCUCUGAGAUUUUUUAUCUGAUUGAAGCUGCAAAUUUUGAUCCCAUUGGAGAUGUAUUAUCUAUCAGGUACUAUCGGGAGCCUUGGCAUGACGGUCAGCUCGAUAUUGCCUCAUUGUUUGUUUUAUUAGCUUGGUAGAAGAUGUAAAUCAAAUAUUUGUUAUUUCUUUCUGUAGAUAUGAACAUUCAUUUCUUCGAUAUAUUAGUUUAUUAAUUUCGACAAUAUUGUCUCUCUUUGUCUUUCUUUUGAACUUGGAGGCAUCCGACGUGGAGCUCUGAUCAUGUAGGAAGGCCUGUUUUCCUUCUCUGUUUCCUAGCACAAUAUCUUGAGUUUGUAUACAAGUCGGGGAUAGUUUUAAAUCCUGCCA